AUGGAAAGUAAGCUCCUUUCAAAAAGUUCACUUGAGGAUUUAAUUGAGAUGCUAUAACUUAAACUAUAAGAGGUGAGAAUCUUGACUAAAAGAGACUAGAAUUAGUUCAAGGAGAGCAGCCUCGUAGGUUAGGCUAUGAUUUCAAUUGUUGAGAAUAUCUUUGAAUAACUUGAGCCCACAAUUGUAGAAUAAUUCAUCAUGAAAAUCUCUCCCGAGAUAUUUGCGAAAUAGCAGGCACUUUUCUCACCCUCUGAAUGGGAAGAAAUAUCCAAUAAAAUCUUACAUUAAGAGGAUUUCAAGGCAAACGAUUAAGAUAAUUAAAACAAAAUCUUUGUUGAUAAAGAGGAGAUAAAAGCAAGUUCAGAUGAAUUAUCUCAUGGAGAAAUUCCUCCAACUGAUUAACCUGUUAUGCCAACAUUAGCCUCUGCUAACCAGCAGCAGUAAAAUAUUUCAAUUUAGUUCUCACAAAUACAAGCUCAGCUCAGCAAGAUUAUUGAGUUUCAUGAAAAAAGAGAGGCUUACAUUAGAGAUCAGAGAGAGAAGAAGAGACUUAAUAAAGAGCGAAUGAAGUAUAACUUUAAGACAGCAAUUGCCUAGUAACUUAACUAAGUACAUAGAGAUAUCGUUGAUGUGAAAAAUACCAUGCACAAGAACAUAGAGGCAGUCAAUGAGGUCAUGGACAUCUCAAAGAAUAUUAUGACAGAGUAGUUAGAACUAAAAGAAAGUUAAUUUGAUCAUGUGUAUGGAGACGAUAAAGGGGCAGCAGGGAACAGAGAUUCUGAAGUUUAGCCGUAGAAUAGAUAGAAACGGUAACAAAAAUGUCGUUAUACAGGAAAGGAAUUUUAGCAAGAAGAAACUAAGAACUAUGAAUAAUCACCUAUCGUUUUACCAAGAAAUAAUGAUAGAGCUGUCAAAGAUUGUUAUGAUGAUGUAAUGGAAAGAGGUUUAGUUAAAAUAGAGUAGAAUGUAAAAAUCAAUAAUUUCUCAUGCUUAGCUUUCUUGAUCACAAAUGAUAAUAAGUACCUUUAUAUUCAAAAAGAAGAGAAAAAUCUAGAUAUAAUCUAGCUCUCAAACAUGAACACAAUUGUAAGCAAGUUUAUAGUUGGAAGAAUAUGGAGUGCAUUUCAAAUGGGCGAGAAGGUGUAUUUUGGACUAGGUCAUGAAAAGACGAAACUAAUUUAUGUGUGGAAUUCCUAGAUAACUGAAAUUUCUGGCUUUAAGAAAACGUUCCACAUUUCUAAGAUGAUUAAAUAUUCAGAUUAGCAUUUUAUUGCAGCAAGAUAUGGUGGCUACGUUUCAGUAAUUGAUAGUAUGAGUGACAAAGUUAUGAAAGAGACUAAGCUUUCUAAUAAUGAGAACAUUUACGAUCUAGCUCUAGUUAGCGCUAAUCAAUGUGUCAUCGCAACUAAAAUAGGCAUGCAGAUUAUCAAUAUAAAUGUAGAGGGAAGCAAGGUUAGAAUAAAGAUUGCUGGGUAAAUCAUUACUAAUUCACCUCAACCAAUUACUGCUUUCACUGUAGGGUUCGGCUUCUAUCUUAUUAUCGCCAAAGAAUAAGCGCCAGCUGUAAUGGAGAAAUUCCAUUUUGAAAAGUAUUAGACCAGUCCGAAUGAAGCUGUCUCUAUAAAAUCAAAUAAUAAUAGUAGUACCAUAUUUUGUAUGAGAAGAAUUUAAUAUCAAGAGGUGCCAUUUGCAUUGAUCAAAGACUAAGAAGGAAUUCAGCUGAUGAACUUGAAUAGCUUGAAAUUGACAAGAAUUAUAGAUUGUCCUUGCAAGUUAAAAUAUUGUAGAGAUGACAUUAUGAAAUAUUAUGUUGAUUUAGAUGGCAAACACAAGAUAGCCACAAUUGAGUUUGAUGAUAAGGACACAACGCUCAGAAUUUUCUCAAUUAAUGAGGAUAUAUUUCAAUUGCUUCUAUGA